AAGAAAAUGCCUGAACCCGCCAAGUCAGCGCCCAAGAAGGGCUCGAAGAAAGCCGUGACUAAGACCGCCGGCAAGGGCGGCAAGAAGAAGCGAAAGACCAGGAAGGAGAGCUACGCCAUCUACGUGUACAAGGUGCUGAAGCAGGUGCACCCCGACACGGGCAUCUCUUCCAAGGCCAUGAGCAUCAUGAACUCGUUCGUCAACGACAUCUUCGAGCGCAUCGCCGGUGAGGCGUCCCGCCUGGCUCACUACAACAAGCGCUCGACCAUCACGUCGAGGGAGAUCCAGACCGCCGUGCGCCUCCUGCUGCCCGGUGAGCUGGCCAAGCACGCCGUGUCCGAGGGCACCAAGGCCGUCACCAAGUACACCAGCUCCAAGUAAACUAUCCUGCUGUCAAGCAGCAACCCAACGGCUCUUUUCAGAGCCACACACCUCUGCUCAGAGCAGAUUCUCCACCGUUUAUUUUACGACUGUCUUUAUGCAGUCUUAGUUUUCUCCUCCAGUAGCGAAU